GAAAAAGGUUUGCUGAAUUCAGAGAUCAAACACCAGCUCUUAGUUAGAGUCAGAAGUUCUAUCUCCUGCUCAAAUGCCGCUGUUGCUGCCUCUAUUGCUAGCAGUUCUCAUCCCAGGUGGUGACAAUGAGCACGCUUUCCAGGGGCCGACCUCUUUCCAUCUCAUCCAGAUAUCAUCGUUUGCCAAUAGCACCUGGGCAAAAAAUCAAGGCUCAGGUUGGCUGGAUGACUUACAGAUUCAUGGCUGGGAUAGUAACUCAGAGACUGCCAUUUUCCUGAAGCCUUGGUCCAAGGGCAACUUCAGCGAAGAGGAGGUGACUGAACUUGUGGAGCUAUUUCGAGUCUAUCUUAUUGGAUUCAUUCGGGUGGUACAGGAUCAUGUCAGUGAAUUCCAGUUGACAUAUCCCUUUGAGAUCCAGGGCAUAGCAGGCUGUGAGCUGCAUUCUGGAGAGGCCACAGUAAGCUUCUUGAAGGGAGCUUUAGGAGGAUUAGAUUUUCUGAGUCUCAAGAAUAAUUCAUGUGUACCCGCUGCAGAGGGUGGCAUCAGAGCACAGCGGUUCUGUACAAUUUUCAUUCAAUACCAAGGUAUCGCUGAUAUCAUAGAGAAGCUUCUCUUUAAAACCUGUCCUCAAUAUCUCUUGGGUGUCCUCGAUGCAGGAAAGGCAGAACUGCAAAGACAAGUGAAGCCUGAAGCCUGGCUUUCCAGUGGUCCCAUUCCUGGUCCUGGACAUCUGUUGCUUGUGUGCCAUGUCUCAGGAUUUUACCCCAAACCUGCAUGGGUAAUGUGGAUGAAGGGUGAGCAGGAGCAUCCAGGAACUCAUCAAAGUGACGUCCUGCCCAAUGCUGAUGGGACAUGGUAUCUCCGAGUAACCCUUGAUGUUGUGGCUGGGGAGACUGCUAACCUGAAUUGCCGGGUAAAGCACAGCAGUCUAGGAGGCCAGGACAUCAUCCUCUACUGGGGAUAUCCCACCUCUACCAGUGUGAUACUGCUGGCAGUGAUAUUGCCCACCUUGAUUCUUUUGAUAUGUCUUGCAUUAUGGUUUCUGAGGCACUGGUCAUAUCAGAAUAUCCCGUGAGAUUUUAUCAUGUCUCCUUUCUUAUUUGGAAUAAGUACUCAGAAGACCAGAAACCCAAUUGUCAGCCCAGAAGUCAAUCUCAUCAUAUUUAAUCAAAUAAUCAUCAUAUUUGAUCUACUCAGAGUUUCCACAGAUUUUGAGAUAUAUCAUAAUUUACAUACAGCAGAAAAAUAAUUAAGAACUGUGAAUUUAUUAUAAGAUGGUAUCAAUAAUAGGCUGUACCCAGUUCAUAGAUGUGAGAUGUGAGAAAGACUGUAUCUCAGAAUAAAUAAAGUACAAAUGG